CGAAAAUUGCCAACCUCCCACUUUCGACAUUCUAGCGACCUGAACAUGCGGCUGCAUCGGGACAUCGCGUUUCGUGGCGCGAUUGCCGUCGUCGUGCUGCUCGCCGUGGAAACAUCUGCGCAUGAUAAACAUCCCGUGCUCAAGGCGUUUGUGGAGCACCCUGCACUCUGGACGAAGGGACAUCGCGCUCUUCGUGAUGCACAAAUUGAUGUGACGAUUGGCGUCACUGCCGCUAGUCCGCGUGCGCUCGAGGACGCGUUUUGGAAUAUUUCGGAUCCCACGAAUGGCAUGUACGGCCGCCACUUGACUGCGGACGAGGCAGACGCGUUGACUAGUCCUCGAAAAGUUGCGCUGCCUUCAAUCCGUCGUUGGUUGUCCCAGCACGAUGUCGAAGACGUUUCAUUCUCUCCCGCAACAAACCGACUCAAGGUCCGUGGCAGCGUCCGAGCACUGGAGGCCGCGUUCCGCACCGAAAUCCAUGCCUACGACAGCGUUGAACGCAGCGACAAUGCUCGAUGGGUUCACCAGCGUAUUCUUCGUGCGUCUCAGCCCCUGACCAUCCCAAGCAAUAUCCUUGACGACGUUUCGUAUAUCAGUUUGAACUCACACCCGAUCGGUCGGUCGUUGACUGCGCAGCGCCAUGGCGAGCAGAAUAGCGACAUGUCAAAUAUCGGCAAAAAGAGCAAGAGGUCAACAAGCAGCAAUGGCGUCAUCGACACCGUGCGCGCUGGUGCCGGAGCCACGCCCGCCUUUCUCCGUGAAUGGUACCGCAUCCCGAAGCAAACCAACGCGAACGAGACAAACGCCCAGGGAAUCCCCGAGUUCUACGACGAAGCAUGGACGGACAAGGACUUGUCCAUGUUCUUUAACACGUUUAUGGACGGCGAGGCCAUGCCGACUCUGGUGACGCAUCAUGUGGCAUCGCGCGACGAUACAAAGGGACGGGCAACAGGCGAAGCAUCGCUUGAUCUCCAGUACAUCACAGCGAUCGCGCCUCGCACGACGACGUAUGUCUGGUCUCAGCCGGGAUCGAACCCAUUCUCGGAAUCCGACGAGCCGUUCGUCGAGUGGGCUGAAGAGGUACUCACGAUGAAGAAGCCGCCAUUUGUCGUGUCGCUGUCGUACUCGGACGAUGAAGACCACAUAUUCGCCGCGUCCGAGGCAUACGCGCGCAGCUUCGAUCCGCUCUUGAUGAAGUUGGGCGCGCGCGGUGUGUCGGUCUUCAUGGCGAGCGGAGACGACGGCGUUGCAGGCCAAAGCCCGGAUCUCCAUAAGACGGAUGCCCAUGACAAAGCGGCGUGGUGCAAGGAGCAUGGCCCGCAGUGGCCGACAAGCAGCCCGUACUUGACGUCGGUGGGCGCGACCAUGUUGUCCAAGUCGACAGGUCCGUCGGGAUUCUUUGACACGUUGGACGAAGUGGUGUGCUCGAGCCAGCUCGGGUCGCCCAUCACCUCUGGCGGAGGGUUCUCGAACCGGUACGACCGGCCAAAGUACCAAGAGGCCGCCGUGCAGAGCUUCUUGGCGACCAAGAACCUUCCUCCAUCGGACUUCUUCAAUGCGUCUGGCCGAGCGUAUCCCGAUGUGACCGCGUUCGGCAACAACUAUCAAGUGAUGCUCAAUGGCGCUACAGGUCUCGUAUCGGGGACGUCAGCGUCGUCUCCAGUGUUUGCGGCCAUGAUUACCCUCGUGAAUGACCUCCGAUUGAAUGCCGGCAAGCCUCCCUUGGGGUUCCUCAACCCGACGCUGUACUUGCUGCAACAGCGAUACCCCCUCGCAUUCAACGACAUUACAAUCGGGACGAAUGCCGCCGGGAUGGGCUCGGGGAAGCCUGUGUGCGACUUUGCGUUUCACGCCGAAAGCGGAUGGGAUGCCGCAUCCGGCCUGGGUAGUCCCAACUUUCCAGUGCUCAGCCAGCUCCUCCUGAACGUCGAGGAUGCUCUCAAGGACGGUGGUGUGCCGAUGCCGUCGGUGGUGGCGCAGACGGACAACACGUCCGACGGCCCUUCCCGAGCCAGCAUGAAUUCGCUUCUCACAGUGUCGAUCGCGUCAUUGGUCGCGUCACUCGUCCUCGUGUGCGGUGCCAUCGUCUAUGUGAAGCGCCACACCCGCAGCAUCAAGUCCAAGUACUGCGAGCUGGAAGGGGACAAAGCCGACACGCCCAAGUACCCGAGCCACGAGAAGAAGGACCCUGCGAUCUUCACCAUCGACCACGACGAUGGCGACGAUGAGGAAGUUGACGUCGAGCUGACCGAGGUCAAGCUGGACAGAUAGUGCGCAUAACGUGGAAAGACGAGACAGCGUUUUU